CUGACUGACAAAAUCUAAACAGAUACAGACAUCUUGAUUGCAUUUUUCGUGCGGCUUUUUCUUAAAAUAACUUACUUAAAUUUUUAGUUAUGACAGAAAAGUGACCUGAGUGCUUCCUCCUUUUUCUUUUUCUUUUAGAAAUUCCAGUUUUUUUCGUUCCGUUAUAAGAAAAAUCGUGUAAUUUCCAUAGUGUGACGUCAUGUGAUUGCGUUUAUUUAUGAAGUACGAGAAAUUAAGAGAUAAAGCUUUUUUGUGAAUCACCUAUGUGAAGGUAAAGGAAAAAUUAUGAAUUCGAUACAAAAUAACUUUAUAGAACCGACCAGACAUAAUUUUUUGUUAUCCAGUUCGUCUUUUAUGGAGCCCUAUCACAAAGUACAAAACAGUAAUCAGAUGUCUUCUAUAAAUGAGAAAAAAAUUGGAGAAGUAUGGUCAAAGCAUAAUUUUGAUACCAAUAAAGUUAAAAUAGAAAACUUAGCGAAUCUUAGUAACGUUCCAGCAGUUUGGGGAGCGAGCAGAAGAGAUGAGUCAGGUGAAGGGAAAACUACCGACGAGGAAAUUAAUGAAAAUGCAGCUCAAAAUCUAAUCAAAGCUGAUGAUUCUUUUUCUGAAACAGGUGAUCAAAUGGAGGAUACAACCCAUCAUGCUGAGCCAUCCACUCCAGACCACGAAGAAACUUCUCCAUCGCAUCACGCUCGACGACCUCCGAAUGCUUUUCUUAUCUUUUGCAAGAAGCACAGACCAAUCGUUAGACAAAGAUACCCGACAACCGAAAAUAGGGGAGUGACGAAAAUUUUGGGAGAAUGGUGGGCUCUCUUGAACGCUGCUGAGAAACAACCUUACAAUGACUUAGCCAAAGAGUAUAAAGAUGCAUUUCUCUCAGCCAAUCCUGAUUUCCGCUGGUACAAAUUGCCAGCUCCACCACUACGUACGCUAACCACUCGUCCCACCACCAUCUCCAAACCUGUUCCGACAAUAUCCAGUCCACCACCGACUUUACUUCCGUCGGAAUUCACUCCGGGGAAAUUGGCAGACGAGUCGCAACUUGGUGGCCUGACGUCGCUGAUGAAUAACAAUUACACCUUGGUCAAGAAGGAUGACACAUAUUGCUGUAAGGCUGAGGACAAUAAUAAUGAAGAUCCACACAUUCAGACUAUACCGGAUACCGAUAAAAUACUCGCAAAUAUUUUCUCCAGUCCUACUAACACCAUUACAGCCACAAUGCCACCUAAGCCUAUCAAGAAGCGAUUUUUUGAGCAUCACGAGGAAGAAAAAAAUUGUUCCAAGAAGAUCUUCGACGAAAACAGCGGCGACAUGACACACCAGGAACUUCUCAACAAAGUUGUGGAUAAUAUUUAUGCUAAUGACAAAGAGGAACCAAGAGAGCAAAGAAAAAGCGACAGGAUGUGCAAAGGAAAACGCUACGAACUGUUCAUGGUGGAAGGCAAACUUCUCGGUCACAAACGCGAUAGCAGCCUCACUCAACACAACCGAUACAGUCGCAUAGAUUCGAAAAUCGAGCAGGAACUCAGCCACACCAAGCACUCGUUGGAUCCGCCCAAACUCGAAAACACCAUCAAAAGGCUCGCCAAACGGACCAACGUCAAAAUCGAUUUUGAAAGCGAAGAGUCGAAACAAAAACAAACCGAACCGACUAUGGAUAGCCCCGUCGAAAAAUCGUCUACGAUCAACUUCAAUUUGGAUAUGAGAAUAGACAAUUUAGACAGUCUGAACUACGACGACUUUAUCAAGAGGAAAAGAGAGAGCAAGAAGCGCAAGAUGAAAAUAAAAUCGGAUGUUGGGUAUAAAAUCCACCAGCGAGCUGAUAAUAACAAUGUCAGUAACAAACCAGAAGCGACGCCGGUGGUGGGGUCGAAGAAAAGGAAAAACAAACAGAGCAUCACCCAUCUGAACAAGACUGAGCCGGAAGGGGGCAGUCUCCCAGGUGACAACGCCCUGUUAGGUUUGGCAACGUUGGCUAUGGUGGCGGCCAGUACUGAAAAGAUCGGUGAGAAUUCUAGCACGUAGGAGUGGGAUGUUUGGGGGGAGGGGCUCAAGUAAGUGCGGUUAGAAAAAUAAAUCUUUACAAUUGUUAUCAAAACUUGUUAUGUCAUUAUCCAAAGUAAUAUUCUCUUACCGCCGGUUUAUGCUAUGAAUAUUAGUCAUAACUCUAAGCAUUCGUUCGCUGCUACCUCUAAUACUAUUAAAUCAAAUGAUACAACGCGCACUGACGACCCGGCGGUUGGCUGGUCGCUACGACCAGUAGACUGCACUAAAAUAGUAUUAUUUUCUGCCGCCUGUUCCUGUUUAUCUUCCAAAUUAAUAAUUUUUCAGAUGAAAUCCCUCAAAUUCAAGGCUCGAUUCAGAUAUAGUGUUUUGGUGUAGUUUUUGCACACGUGCAGAAAACUCAAAGAAAUAGUAUACAGACUGGAUCAAAGGGAAAUUUAAAUCUAGUCCCUUUUUUAUCAAUGGUCGGAUUCUAGUAAAAAUUCAAAACAUUUUAUAUGACAUACUUUAUUUAUGGUUGGUAUAAUACCUGUUAUUAUACCUUCGAGUUUGGAUGUUAAAAAAUAAAAAAUCUUAUUUAAAGUUUCUUUUUGAUCUGCCGUUUAUAAUCUAUUUUUUCUUCCUCUACAAUGUGCGAAAACUAUCCUGAUUACUCUACUGUAAUUACCAUUAAUAUUUUAAAUGCAUUUAAUAUUAGAACAUAUAAUAAGCUCAUGAAUAGGAACUUCGCUUUUUAGUUAACUCAGAUAUUUUAACAUUUCUGAAAACAAUAUUUUCUAAUUGGUAAAACGUAAAAAAUCGUUAGAUCUGACAGCCCUGCUGAAACUGGUCGUUCAUCUUGACACACGUAUGUACGCAAGAUAUCCGACCAGCCGACUGACGGCCAGGUCGCUGCGACCUGGCCGUCAGUGCGUUUGAGCUCUAGGGGUAUGCAUGAGCAUAAACGAGCAUGUAUAAGCACUAUCUAGAACGUUUUUAAGGUGAUUCUAUAUAUUUCAAAAAGUAUUUUCUCUAUAUUAUUUAUAGUUUACCUUAUUCUGUAGAUACCCAACGGUGAGAUAAAUAAAAUCUGGGUAUACAGGGUGUCCCAGGCUGAGCGUGCAUUAGCAAGUUUCUAGAGAACUACAAUAUCUAGAUCGGAGAUUUUUUGCACAUCAAUGGUUCAAAACGAUUAUAUUAGAUUCUAGAUAUUGUUGUUUGUCAGAAAUUUCUAAUGCACGUUCAGCCUGCAACACCCUGUAUACCCAGAUGGUGUAGGAUAUAUGGCAGUGAUGGGAGGUGGGUAAAUACCCAACAGGAAGUGAAAUAAGAUUUGGGUAUAUAUCUGGUAUAUGCCCAGAAGUGUAGGGUAUAUACCGAUUGAGGAAUAUUGUAUAUAUAUACCCGGUAUAUACUGGUAUAUUCCUGGUAAUAUACCCUGUAUUUCUUAUGUUGUCGUCGGGGAAAUACCCUUAUAAAAUUAGGGUAUUCACCUAAGUUGCACUGUCGCUUUCGUGUUUUUAAUAGAAUUUAUUGGCUUCUGCGCAUUUUUUGACUAACUGAUGAUUUUCUGAUUUUGAUAUUUCUUUAAUGCCAAAAUACUUGGGUAUAUACCGGGUAUAAUGAUGUUUACCUAAAUUCAUGAUACCCUGUAUUUACUCACUGGAUAUAUACCGGGUGCAAAACCUUGGGUAUUUACCCAAAUUUUAAUAUACCGGGUGUUUGCUAUCACUGUUUUCGACAUUUGCUCGUUUAUUCUCGUCUGCUCUCAGUGAACCUUCCCCAAAAAUCAAUUCUGGAUCAUUUUACAACACUAAAGAUGCCAUUAUUCUUAUGUUUAGUUGUUUUUGACGUCAUUUUAAUUUUUAAAUACCUAUAAAACGUCUCCAGUAUCAAUUUAUAUUUAUUAAAUGCUUUACAGGGUUUUUACAAAAAAAUACAAUUGUUACGGUAACAAAAUAAUAGAAAAUUGUCUCAGUUUUAUGAAUUAAGAUUUCUUAGCACUUAUGGUUAAAAAUUAUGACUAAUAUUCUCAAGCAUAAACCCACCAUUAGAUAUUACGAAAAAGUUCUAGUCAUUGGAAAAUCUUUUUGGAAAAUAGAAUUGUUUUUACGUAAACAAUUAAUUUUAUUUUUAAAGCAUUCUAAACAUCACUAUCAAGUAUAAAAUAAAUUAAAAUAAUAUAAGUUUUGGUUGUAAUGGUUAAUUUUUGUUUUUCUUUGCACUUCUAAGUAUCGGUCAAAUAAAAUUCAAUUUGUUUACGUUGAAUUUCGUUUUGUUAAAUGUUAUAGUAGAUUAUAGUUUUUUUUGUACUAUAAAUUUUAUCACGUUUCAUUUAUAUGCUGUUUUUAUUUCUAGUGUUUGCAUUUUUAAAACUCUUUAUUUGACAAAGUAACUGUUGGACCAAAAAAAAUAUACAAAUUUCGUUGUUGCAAUGCGAAUUAAAAGCAAUAACACUUGGAAAUAGCAUGAAAUGCGCAUAGUUUCUCUGCUCAGCUAUUCCAUAUUUUAGAUUAUCAAACAAAGUAUAUUUUCUAGUAGGAAUUUAAUCGCGAUGGAAUUGCACCGCUAAGAUAUAUCAAACUAAAAUAAAUUCUGCUUAAAUCAAAACUUAAAUUUCUUGUAGUGAUUGUAGAAGGGUUAAAUACGGGUUUUGAUCACGAGUUUUUUACUGUGCUCUAGUCAAGUAGAGUUUGUUGAAGAAGGAUAUUGCCAAAUACUUUUAUUUCUCAAUUUUGAAUUGUCCAAGUGCUUUUUUCGAAUUAAAUUGAUGUAUCACUGACGAAUUUUUACAUAUUAUAACAAAUCUUUAAGAACAUAUCUAUCUUAUUCUGUACAGUAUAGAAAAAUGUAGUUAAAGCAAUGGUUUCUAAACUUUUGAUAAUGAUCAUUUAAAUUUCACAAACUAUGUAUUAGCUGACUUGCUAUUAGAGAUAGAAAAUACAUACAUGAGGAGCAGACUUACUAAAUGCAUUUUGUCCAUACUUUAAGAUUUUCAACCAAAAGUGGCAUUGCAAACUACAUACACAAAGUUACAAAUAGAAUGCCAGAAACGACGUGUUAAAAACAUUUUAUCCCAUUCGAAUUAAAUGGCGAAAAUGCCUUCGACUUUCUAUGUGCUGUAUGUCCAUUGGCGGUAGACAAACAAA